AGGAGGAGUACAGGGCGGAGGGCAUCAGCUGGCACAACAUUGACUACAUCGACAACACAGGCUGCAUCAACCUCAUCAGUAAGAAGCCCACAGCGCUGCUCCACCUGCUGGAUGAGGAGUCCAACUUCCCCCAGGCCUCUAACCAGACUCUGCUGGACAAGUUCAAGCGGCAGCAUGAGGGCAACGGCUACAUUGAGUUCCCCGCCGUCAUGGAGCCCGCCUUCAUCAUCCGCCACUACGCCGGCAAGGUCAAAUACGGGGUCAAGGACUUCCGGGAGAAGAAUACGGACCAUAUGCGUCCGGACAUCGUGGCCCUACUGAAGAGCAGCAAAAACGCCUUCAUCUGUGGCCUGAUGGGCAUCGACCCCCCAGCCACCUUCCGCUGGGCCGUCCUCAGAGCCUUCUUCAGAGCCAUGGUGGCCUUCAGGGAGUCUGGGAAGAGACACGUACACAGGAAGACUGGUGAGUGUGCUGCACAUUGAGUCCUUUUCCCCCUUUAGGCUCCUGAGUCCUUUUCCCCCUUUAGGCUCCUGGGUCCUUUUCCCCCUUUAGGCUCUUGGGUCCUUUUCCCCGUUUAGGCUCCUGGGUCCUUUUCCCCCUUUAGGCUCCUGGGUCCUUUUCCCCCUUUAGGCUCCUGGGUCCUUUUCCCCCUUUAGGCUCCUGGGUCCUUUUCCCCCUUUAGGCUCCUUUUUAAAGGGAAAUGUAUAUAUUUUGUUCCUUCAUAUUCAUCCUCUCCAGCACUACCCAAACAUCAACAUAUGUGAAUAUUGCACGUUUCCCCUCCUCUCAAGGACAUUUUUUUGAGGGAGAAAUGAUGCACAUCAUUGCUGUGUAUCAUUGGAUUUUAACCAGUUAUGAGUAGGCAUUGCCUACUAAUUGGUUUGUUAUUUUUAAUCAAGCCUUAGUAGACAUUUAGUAAGCAAUUAGAAGGCAAUGCUUACUCAUCAUUGGUUAAAAUGAUUGGUUAAAAUGAUGUCAUUGGAGAAAAAAAGAUAUUGCUAUAUUUUUUACUACAAAAACAUAGAAACGCAUCAUUUUCACACGUGGUGCUGUAGACGAUGAAGCUGAAAAUUUUUGAAAUGUCCCUUUAAUUCAAGUGCACCAGUCAUAAGGCAUACAGAAGUUAUGUAGCUGUAAAUUAUGAGGCGUGCUUGUGGGCGGACCCCAGUGCAGCCAGGGCACAGGCUGUGUCCCAUACCCCCCUCUGUUUGUAUACUGUAGUGCGUGUGCCUAGUGCUGGUAGUACUGUCCUGCAUUCAGUAGCUAGCUCUGCUAGCUUCCGCUCUAUAUGACUGCCUUCUGU